AUGUCCACGUCAAUUAAAGAAAGUCUUAGUCCGCUCGAACGUAAUCUCUUGUUAAAUCCACCUUACCCUCUGAACAUUCCUCUCGAUGAUCUCCUCGGCAAUAAUCGUAAGAUAAAGAAGCCGUUUCCUCCGCGUCCCCAGAAUGCGUGGAUUAUUUUUCGCAAAAACUUUGAAAGCGAAUUCCGUUCUCGGUAUCCUAAUUCUAGUGUCUUGGAGAUUUCAAGGAUCGCCAGUACGCAUUGGAAAAGUCAACCGGAUUUUGUUAAAAAUUAUUUCGAAGUACUUUCUAAAUUGGCUCGCCAACAACACAAGCAUGCUUAUCCUGGUUACACUUACGCGCCAAGAAGACAAAAGCUGGUCAAGCCGAGAACCCAGAAGUAUGAAAAAUUAGUAAUUGUUGAAGGUAAAAUUGCGGGAUACAGAAACAAAAAAUGCGCCAAGGAUGAAGAGAAUCGUAAUAGAAUUGAAAAGAACGAAAAUGAAAAUAAGCAAAUGGACAAACGUGCCAAUGAUAAAGAAGUCUCGUAUGAUGUACAGCACAAGGACUCUGCUACGCCAUCAAUCCGUAACGAUAUGUUGGAACUCCCCAAUGUAAACAACAUGCCAUCAAACGAAACUUAUCAGGCGGAUAAUUAUGCAUUCACUGACAACAUUGGAAUUAACCUCAAUAGUCUAUCGUUUAAUUAUUAUCCUGUUCACAUGUACCCUCUUGUUGAUAUGACUAGAAACGAGCAGCCAUAUAUCGCAGCCGAUGGGUACGUCAACGAAGAUUAUUUCACAUACAAUGUCUGCGGCUGA